AUGCCGUCUUUCUCGAGCGACUCCUACCAGACAGCUACGGCGACCACUACAACGACCCAUCCCCCUCGCUCGUUCGACUCUUCGCACCGCAAGUCUCAUGACAAAAGCUCCGUUGGAAACACCUUUCUGUGGACCAACUGGCCUAACGGCGACACCAAUCACGAAAUCCACCAGAACGACCGCCCAGUGAUCACCAAUCUGAAGAACGGUAGCGCAUAUUCCCUGAAUGGCACCCGGUCUAGCAUCGGCUCCUAUACGCGCGACCUGCCGCACUCCAAAGACGGCAGUAUGAACUCGUUAGGCAAUGGCUCGAUCAGGGAUCCCCGAGACUCUGGCCGGCCAUCGGCCAUGUUGGAUCGGAAACCAUCGGACGCUGGGCCUGGAGCGGGCUCUGCGAUAGCCCCGGCUUCAAAUCAACAGGUCAAUGGCGGCACUACGAGCUGGAGCCACCGGUCCGCCCCGGCGAAGACGAUGGUCAAUGGCGACUCUCACCGCCCCUCUGCAGACGAACACUCUAUCACAGAUCGGGCUACUAGCCCAUCGACCUCGUUGCUGCAGAUUCCUAAUUCUGAUGACACAGGUCGUCACUCCCCAGACCCGGAUCGUUUGACCCCGGGACCAAAACCCAGCCACCACCGCUACUCCUCCCCUCCCGCUCCCUCCUCUCCUGACACCACCCCCAUGCCAGAAUCACAGCAGUCUAGUAUGCGCCAUCGACAUUCGCUACAAGUUCCAAGGGCCCCUAGUGGUCGACGGAACAGCCGAGACCAAGGCGAUGAUACUGCCUACGCUACCGGCCGACUUUCCCCCACCUCAGCCGGACCGCGCCGCACAUCAUUCAGCCUAAUUCGACGCACAACAAGAACACAGUCAGAACCUGUGGAUGAGACAGUACCAGACGAGGAAGCCGCACGCUGGGCGGAAGCUAUCAAACAAAAACGAGCAUCACGGCGACGGCGCGAGGACGAUGAUGACGAUCGAGUGAUUGUCGGAACCAAAGUUGACCAGAACCACGUCAACUAUGUCACUGCAUACAACAUGUUGACGGGUAUUCGGUUUACUGUCUCUCGAAUCAAUGCGAAGAUGGACCGGGAAUUGACCCCCGCAGACUUUGAAGCUAAACACAAGUUCUCCUUUGAUAUCACCGGCAACGAACUGAUCCCCUCCGCCAAAUACGACUUCAAAUUCAAGGACUAUGCGCCAUGGGUGUUCCGUCACCUGCGCGCAAAGUUCAACCUCGAUCCCGCCGACUACCUGAUGUCUCUCACCAGCAAGUAUAUCUUGUCCGAACUGGGCUCUCCUGGCAAGAGUGGCAGUUUCUUCUACUUCUCACGUGACUACAAGUACAUCAUCAAGACCAUCCACCAUUCCGAGCACAAGCUUCUGCGGAAGAUCUUGCCACUGUACUACAAGCACGUGCAAGAUAAUCCCAACACCUUGAUCUCGCAGUUCUACGGUCUGCACCGAGUUAAGAUGGCAUACGGCCGCAAGAUUCACUUCGUCGUCAUGAACAACCUCUUCCCGCCACACCGCGAUAUCCACCAAACGUUCGACCUGAAAGGCUCAACAAUUGGCCGUGAUUUGCAGGAGUCUGAUCUGGAGAAAAAUCCGCGGGCGACGAUGAAGGAUCUGAACUGGUUGCGAAGGAAUCGUCAUCUGCAGUGUGGACCCGAAAGGCGAUUCGACUUUAUCGAGCAAUUGACCAAGGACGUGGAACUGCUCAAGAAGCUCAAGAUCAUGGACUAUUCGCUACUUGUUGGUAUCCAUGACCUGGAGCGCGGCAACGAAGAGAAGCUCCGUGACAAGACGCUUCAAGUAUUUCAACCAGGUGGCGAUCGUGAAGAAGAGGCCAAGGGUAACAUGCUGAUGCGGACGCCGUCGAAACUCGAGAACGAACGCAAGGCCCGUGAACUACGCAUGUUGAUCAAGCGUGAGCGACCAGUACCCUUGGAUAAAGCCGCGGCAAAGAUGCCCGAAGAGGUUCUAGACUCGCGGAAAAAGAAUCUGAAAUUUUACUCUGACGACGGCGGGUUCCGCGCCACCCAUGAGGAUGGCACCUUUGGCGACGAGAUUUACUACCUCGGCAUCAUUGACUGUCUUACGCACUACGGUAUGGUCAAGAAGAUCGAGAACUUUUUCAAGGGCCUUUCCCACGAUCGGACGCAAAUCUCCCCCAUUCCGCCAGAGAGCUAUGGAGAUCGGUUCGUGAACUUUGUCAAGGGCAUCACCAUGUCAAAGGAAGAGGCCGAGCGGCGACGUGAGUCGCAGGCCUCUGCUGCGGCGUUGAACGAGAAGCGCCAGUCCCGGUCGUCCUCUGUCGAGCGCACAAUGCAGGCAGCCGAGAAGGAGGCAGCGAAGGAUGUGUCUGUUACUCACCCUCGCACCCUGGCCACAGUGUGGGAUCCUGCAGAUGCAGCCGGUCCAGGCCCAACCUCUACUCUACCCAUCGUUGAUGAAGCUGGCGAAGCUAGCAGCGUCGGCGGCCACAGCUCGCACAGCCGACAGGGCCGUCGCUUGUCUGAUAAGGAACUUCCUCCUGUGCCAACAGACGAGCGCUUGCCAACCUCUACCAAGGGCAAGGAAAUUGAUCGGGGCGAAGACUACCUUGCGAACAAGCGCCAGCGGUAA